AUGCCGCCGCCACCACCACCACCAGCAGAGGAGCUCUUUGACUCGCCGCCGUCGUCAUUUGGGGCGCGCUCGACACGGUCUCUGUCCACCACCUCGCGUAACUCGAACAGGCUGUCUCUCACGCUCCCCAUCGCCCUACCGACCAAUGCGCCAUCGAGGCCUACCCCAAUCUCGACUACAGUCCCGUCUUUCCCGCCCACGCCCGGUGACACUCCCACCGUGCGAUCACCCACCGACGCGAACGACUUCAUUCAUGCCAUCGCCGCCCAGGAGAGGAGGGUGCUCGAGCUCCGCGAGGACCUGAAGAGCGCCGAGGCCGAGCUGUCACGCCUCAAGAAGCAGUGGGGCGCAUUCGACUCGGUGCGCAAGCGCAAUGCCAUGGUCAAUGGCGAGCCUCUGCGACCGAGCCCCCAGAGCUCGCCUGCCGUGGAUGACGUCGAGGGCAAGACGCGCAGCGUCGAGCUGGACAGGAGGCGAACCAUGCUGAUGAGCCAGCAGCUGAGCAAGGAGGCGACAACGCCCACCUCGGGCCGGAGACGCGUCAUGCGCGGUGGCCACACUCGCGCCUUGUCCCUGCUCUCGCCGACCAAGCCAGAUGAGGGCUUUUCCCUUCUCGACGAUGCCCUGGUCCGCCACAAACCCGCGGUGAAGGACUCGGAGCCUCACCUGCAGAACGUGGGCCGCCGCCACCACCAUCAUCACCAACAUCCUCCUCUGGCCGCCAACGGGAUCUCGAAGCGGGCGACCUGGACACCUCGGUCGUCAGCCAAUUCUCCAUCGCCCGGCGUGAAGCAGAUGGCUGAGGAUUUCAAGGCAGGGCUGUGGACCUUUGUGGAGGAUCUGCGCCAGGUGGCCGUCGGCGACGAGCCCAUCACUGGCACACCCAGUGGUGGCGGGUACAGGAGGGUCUCGGGCCGGCAGAACGAGAGCGACAGGGACACGAUACGGGCCUCGAGCUCAUCUUCACGGCCACACGUCGGCAGUAUCUUCAGCAGCAACGACCACACGCCCACCCCAUCGACACGCUUCUGCGAUCCCCUCUCAGAGUCCGACACCGCCAACCUAGGCCGGCCCAAGCGCACCAACUCGAAACGGGCAAAGCACUUCUCCUGGACCCCUCUCACCGUCGACGCCUUUGACGACGCCGACUGGAGCAAUUGGGAGAGCCCGCCAGCCGCACCCUCGCCCAGGUGGAGUGGCACCACCGUCAACGGCGACAUCAUUACAACAGCCAUCCCGGAAGGGAAGGGCGAUGAGAACGACUCACUCAAGGACAAGACCUCGACACCGUGCCACCGCGAGCCUCCCGAGUCCCCUCCGCUCUCAGCAGUGAAGAUCGAGGAGAUGCUCAAACAGCUGUCUCCCGGCAACCUGAAAAGGGCCACGAGCGAUUUCAUGAAGGAGUGGGAGAAGAGCCUUGGGGAGCCAGCCAUUCCCAUCAAGGACAAGGCUUGUUGAGACGAAAUGUCAGUAGAUAGAUGGCGAUCGAACCACACCUCGGAGAGGGUUCGGUGUACCGCUUCAUGAUCUUUGUGAGGCCACGAAGGGAGGAGGGAAGGAGGAAGCAUAAGUUCAGACAGGGACGCUCGGAGUCAAAAAAGCGGCAGGGGAAGAAAUUUGGAGACAAAAUUUCGGGCUUUGAAUUUAUGCCCUCUUUGUUUCUCCCUACUUUUUUAUAGAAAAAUUGGAGGACUGCUCUGACGGCGCCACCAAACGCAUCUCACGACGCCAUGGCACGACACAAGGGAGCGCACCUAUAGACAC